AUGCAACAGCAGCAAAAUAAAAGCUUAAAAAUGGAAAAUCUUGUUGUGUUUGACUUUGACAACACUCUAAUCGAUGGCAACACUGAUUCUGUUAUAAUAGAUAUGUUUCCUGAUUUAAAAACAACUGCAAGGACCUAUCGAUCAGAAGGAAAAGGUUGGGGAGAAACGAUGCAUUCGAUUCUAGACAAAAUUUCUGGCAAGCAUGGAAGGACUCGUGAACAUAUCGAUAGCUGUAUUUAUCAAUUAGAAAUCCCUAAAACUGUGAAGCAAAUGUUUUCAAGAAUUGUGAACUUGAAAAAAUCUGAUUUAAUUAUAGUGUCCCACUCAAAUGAAUAUUUCAUCGACAUCCUUUUAAAUAUGGCGGAUAUCAACAAGUCGACAUUCAAAAAUAUUCUCACUUAUCCGGCAGUGUGGACUGAUAAAGGUUCCUUAGAAGUUCAAAGAUUCCAUUCGCAUGUUAUAGACUGUGCAUAUUGCCCAAAUGAUUUUUGCAAAGGUCAUGUCCUCUCAGAUGCGAUCAAAAAGUUGGAAGAAGCACAAAGGAAACAAUAUCUGACCAAAAUUUAUAUUGGGGAUGGAACAGCAGACUAUUGUGGUGCAGCCUCAUUGAAUAGAGAUGAUUAUGUACUUUGCCGAGAAGGGUAUAGCCUCCAGAAGCUGAUUUUUAAGCACCAGAAUCAUCUUCACAAGAAAGACAGUUCGCAAAACUUCCCUAAGUGCAAAAGCUGGAGCACAUUUGAAGAAAUGGAAGCCAAUUUACUAUCACUCUUGUCAAGCUGA